AUGAAUUUCAACGAAAGUGAACCAAUCAAAGUCCAAAUGGAAAGACUCAUCAGGGCCAAGCAGAAGGAGAUAGUGGCCGAGCUCGAGACCUUGGAACCAACAGCACGGUUCCAUGCGGACUCGUGGAUCCGUGGUAACGAAGGCGGUGGUGGAACCUCGAUGGUACUUCAAGAUGGUGAUACUUUUGAGAAGGGAGGAGUGAAUAUCUCGGUUGUUCAUGGAAUCUUACCUCCUCAGGCCAUCGACAAGAUGAGAGCCGAUCACAAGAAUCUGAGCGGUUCUGGUAUUGAUGGAUCGGCCAAGUUUUUUGCUUGCGGAUUGUCGAUGGUUCUUCAUCCAAACAACCCUCAUGCCCCCACGACCCAUCUGAAUUACCGGUAUUUUGAGAUCAUGGACAGCGAGACCGACGAGACCAAGGCAUGGUGGUUCGGCGGCGGUGCGGACUUGACGCCUGCCUAUCUCUACGAAGAAGAUGCCAAAAGGUUUCACAAUGAACACAAACAAGCAUUGGAUAAAUUUGACCCAGAAUUAUAUCCUGCAUGGAAAAAAUGGUGUGACAAGUACUUCCACAUCACCCACCGGGGAGAGACCCGUGGGAUAGGUGGGAUCUUCUUCGACGACUUUGAUGCAAAACCGCCUCUUGAGAUUCUCAGGAUAGUGGAAUCGUGCUUUGACGCAUUUUUACCCGCUUAUGUACCAACUGUGGCUGCUAGAAAGGACCAACCAUUUACGCCAGAGCAGAAGAACUGGCAGCAAAUCAGACGCGGAAGAUACGUUGAGUUCAAUCUGGUUCUUGAUAGAGGUACCAAAUUUGGACUGCAAACUCCCGGGUCAAGAACAGAAUCAAUUUUAAUGUCACUGCCAAAAACAGCCAGUUGGUUGUACGACCAUCACCCGGAUGAGGGCUCCGAAGAGGCCAAACUGCUGAAGGUACUGCAAAAUCCGGUCGAUUGGGUCUGA